GCGACCUUCCUUUCAGUCCCGUCAUCCGUCUGCGGAGGGUGUGCUUCGGAGCUAGUCUCGGCACACUUUUUAUUAUUAUGAAACAAACUACAAGCUAGAGAGCACACGCAGACAUAUUUUUAUAAGAAAAGCUAAAAAAAAAAAUCGGUGAAGCAGGAUUUAAUUUGCCAAAGCCCAAGUUAAACGAGGAAGAAUCGGCUGCGUUCGGACGAGAGCGAGACACGGGAGGAGAACGCCUGUUAAAGCUAUUCUCAUUUUGUAAACGUAUAUUGACGGACAGCGCUCGUCAAUCGACAUGAAUCCUAGUGCGCCCAGUUACCCGAUGGCCUCCCUCUACGUGGGGGACCUGCAUCCAGAUGUUACCGAAGCCAUGCUGUACGAGAAAUUCAGCCCCGCUGGGCCAAUUCUCUCCAUUCGAGUAUGCAGAGACAUGAUCACCCGUCGAUCCCUCGGCUAUGCCUAUGUCAACUUUCAGCAGCCGGCUGACGCUGAGAGGGCCCUGGAUACAAUGAACUUUGAUGUGAUAAAAGGCAGACCACUCCGCAUCAUGUGGUCUCAGCGUGACCCCUCCCUGAGGAAAAGCGGUGUGGGCAACAUUUUCAUUAAAAACCUGGACAAGUCUAUUGACAACAAGGCUCUUUAUGACACCUUCUCUGCUUUUGGGAACAUCCUUUCUUGCAAGGUGGUUUGUGAUGAGAAUGGCUCAAAAGGCUAUGGAUUUGUGCACUUUGAGACCCAUGAGGCAGCUGAGCGUGCCAUUGAGAAAAUGAAUGGCAUGUUGCUCAAUGACAGAAAAGUGUUUGUCGGACGGUUCAAAUCCCGCAAAGAGAGAGAGGCUGAACUUGGAGCCCGUGCAAGAGAAUUCACCAACGUUUACAUCAAGAACUUUGGCGAGGACAUGGAUGAUGAAAAACUGAAGGAGCUGUUUGGCAAAUAUGGACCAGCUCUCAGCAUCCGUGUGAUGACGGAUGAGGGUGGAAAAUCCAAGGGCUUUGGCUUUGUCAGCUUUGAGAGACAUGAGGAUGCUCAAAAGGCGGUGGAUGACAUGAAUGGCAAGGAGCUCAAUGGCAGACAGGUUUAUGUUGGUCGGGCACAAAAGAAGGGCGAGCGCCAGAAUGAGCUGAAGCGCAAAUUUGAGCAAAUGAAACAGGACCGCAUGACUAGAUACCAGGGUGUUAACCUUUAUGUGAAAAAUCUGGAUGACGGCCUGGAUGAUGAGCGCCUGCGCAAAGAAUUCUCUCCCUUUGGAACCAUUACAAGUGCAAAGGUGAUGAUGGAAGGUGGCCGCAGCAAAGGCUUCGGCUUUGUCUGUUUUUCUUCACCAGAAGAGGCCACCAAAGCGGUCACUGAAAUGAACGGACGCAUUGUGGCAACAAAGCCUCUGUAUGUUGCUCUGGCUCAGCGCAAGGAGGAACGCCAGGCCCAUUUGACCAAUCAGUACAUGCAGAGAAUGGCAACAGUUCGUGCUGUGCCCAAUCCUGUCCUCAACCCCUAUCAGCCUGCCCCACACUCCGGCUACUUCAUGGCAGCUAUACCUCAGGCUCAGAACCGUGCUGCAUAUUAUUCUGCUGCCAACCAACUGGCCCAGCUCCGCCCCGGUCCCCGUUGGGCCACUCAGGGAGUGCGUCCGCAGCAUUUCCAAAACAUGCCCAAUGCCAUGCGCCCUUCAGCUCCCAGACCUCAGACUUUCAACACCAUCCGUCCCAACACGACCACAAACACCCAGGUCCCUCGCAUGAUGGCCACUCAAAGAAUGCCCACCCAGGCCCUCAACCAGCGCCCUGCCAGCGCCUCUGCUGCCGCUGCCCCAGUGCGUGCCAUGCCCCACUACAAGUACGCUCCUAGUGUGCGCAACCCGCAGCAGCAUAUGGCAUCCCAGCCACAAGUUGCCAUGCAGCAGCCUGCUGUCCAUGUCCAAGGACAGGAGCCCCUGACUGCCUCCAUGCUGGCUGCUGCUCCACCUCAGGAACAGAAGCAGAUGCUUGGUGAGCGUUUGUUCCCCCUGAUCCAGACCAUGCACCCGAAUCUGGCUGGCAAGAUCACUGGUAUGCUGUUGGAGAUUGACAACUCGGAGCUUCUCCAUAUGUUGGAGUCACCAGAGUCACUCCGUUCCAAGGUGGAUGAAGCUGUGGCCGUGCUUCAGGCUCACCAGGCCAAGGAGGCUGCCCAGAAGUCCACCACUCCUGCUGGUGUUCCCAGUGUUUGAGAGCAUUUUGAAACCUGCUUCACCGAUGGAAAAAGAGAAAAAAACUUAAACAUUGAAAAACCUAAAACACUGAAAACAUCGAAAAACGAUAAAUUAUUUCUUAAAAAAAGAAAACUCUGACUCUGCCGGGUCUAGGGGAAGGUUUGACUAGACCUUGAUCAUAAACAAAAAUUUGUGUGAAAAAAAAUAGCAAAAUACUGAAAAAUCUACUCAUAAAUUUGCAUUCGUUUUAUGUCAUUUUAGUGUGUUGGUGCUCAGUCGUGGCACCACAUGGUGGUCCCUGAGUACAAUGAAGGGUGAAAAGUUUCGUUGGAAAUAAUGACUAAUAAAUUCUUGAUCAAUA